AUGUUCGUUGUACAUCGUUUGCAGAUUAAGCGGGCUGAUGCCAUUUUCAGGAGACGAUGAUCAUCAAACUCUGGUCAAAGUGGCUAAAGCUGACUGGGAUUUUGAUGACGAAUGCUUCGAUGACUUGUCACAUGAUGCGAUGGAAUUUAUUGAAGGACUCCUAGUCAAGGAGCCAAGUGAAAGGUUUACAAUAGAAGAAUGCUUCCAGCACCCAUGGAUAAAGGACACACACGACACAGGGACGAAGAUAAACACAGUAAAACAUAAGGCGUUCAUGGCGAAGAGAAGAUGGAAGAAAUCUGUAAAUGCUCUUCUAGCGGUACGCCGCAUGUCCUUAUCACCUCUGUCCGGAGCAAAACGAAGACGCUCCAUGGAUCCGUCAAUACUAAAGACAACUCCUGAGGGUGAAGAAGAUCAAACCAAUGACGCGGACAGAAAGGGAUCCGCACCAAUUGAUCCAUCGUCGCUUACUCUCCCACUUACCCGUCGCUUCGGGGAGACACGAAGUUCUUGUUUUGAUUUGGACAUGAAGACAAUAAGAGCAUUGCAGGAGAAAGCUGAUAAAGCAAUAGGGAAGAACUCGCAAAAGGAUGAAAACGAUAACGAUGACGAAAGUAGCUCGAGUAAUAGUGAUUUGGAUGAUCAUGAUGACGUUGAUCAUGACAAUGAUGAUGACGAUGAUGAUGAAAUUACCGACUUGAAUAACAGCCAUUCUGGCGGACCGGAAAACCCAAGAAGAGGGAGCGACAUAAACAAUGUAGUCUAUCGCGAGAGUUGUUCUUUUGAAAAACCCAGAGCAAACACUUUCUGUGGAACAACUUCACGUCAAAGAAAAAUCGCGCACGUGUCAAUCAACCUUGGAAAUACUUCCAAAACAGACUUUAAGCCAGUUUCAAACAUGGUCAUCGUGAUAUGGAUCUGA